ACAAAACAAAGGAAGCAAGCAGAAAAGAGAAAUCCCUCUCGCUCUUUUCAUCUCGCGUUGUAAAGGCAUAAACCCUCGCGCUCUCUCUCUCUCUCUCUCUCUCUCUCUCUCGUCUAAAACUCAGAACGCAAAAACCCUAACCUAAACUCGAUGGCGGACUCUGUAGUUUCGGUUGAGAAGCUGAAAGCUUUCGUGCAUUCUCAGUACUAUGAUGAGGAGAAGUGGGCCCUCAACUCGAAAUUGCUGCGUGCUGUUGGGCUUUUUGCAGGAUCAAUUUUCCUGAUGCGGAACUAUGGUGAUCUUAUGGCAAUAUGAGGGCGGAUGUAGGGCUGAUAGCAAGCUCAUAUUUUCUGAUGAACCAAGUUGUUGGCGGUUCUUUUAUUAGUACGUAAUACUUUUGGACUGGAGAGUCGUUGUUUCAAUUGAACAAUAAUAAGCUUUCCUGUUUUCAGUUAUGCCGAUGAUCAGUUGUUCUGUCAGUGUAGUUUAGAGAUUAAUUUGUUUGGCUUGAAAAUGAUAACAUGAGUGAAACUGAUCACACUGGUGGAUACACAAAUGUGCUAAAGAUGAUCACAAUAUUUGCUAGUUCCAUAUAGAUUACUUUCCAUAA